UGUCUGUCCAUCUCACCGGUUCACCAUCUAUAGAUUUGAACAUCCGAUCAGCUUCAUAUGCUCCACAGCACCAAGUGGUGGCGGACAAUAGCCGAGAUCACGCACACAGCUCGGGCGGACCAGUAUCAGCCGCGCAAACAGGAGGAACAACUAGAUAUUCGGAGGGUGAAAUUGAGAUAGUCUCUGGUCGAGGUAUGAGCUCGGGAAGAGCGUCGCGGCUACCGCGUUCGGCGGUGGAGUCCACUGUGACGAGGCUGCUCAUGACUACGAGACAGCUGUUGACGGCCUUGACCGAUUGGUCUACACUUCGGUGUACAGAUACUGCAGUCUCGGACAUCUAUGUCAAAUUGGGGAACGACCUCAGCAGCUUUAUUCAUGCCUUUCGAGGAUAUGAUGUGGACUUUCAGAAGUACAACCGGCUUGUAACUGUUCCGGAGGAUCUCAGGCCAUUACUUGAACAUUGUCUGGGACAAGAACCGUCCACAGAGUCGCUUAAUAUUUACGUCGAUGACAUCAAGGCCGUCCUGUCGCGGGUUUGGGAUGGGACCAAGUAUGGACAGAACAUUAUCAAGCGGCAGCGGAGCGAGGCAGAAGCUCGAGCUCAGGAGCAGCAUUAUCAACAACAACGCCAGCAGCAGCAGCAGCAACAGCAGGCCGCAGGGUCGAGCCGGUCGCUAGGUCCUGAUCAGAACGCUGGGCCUAGUCGUAGGGCGUCGGAUCGGACGACCAAGAGCGUACAGAACGUUGGAGAUACAAGCCGGAGCUCCGCUUACUCGGUCGAGAGCAACUCGCAUCGAGUCCAGCUCGUUGACCCGGGUGCUAGCGACCGUAACAGCUCUCGAGCGACCUCGCCGUCGAGCAUACAGGAACCCAGACCCAUGGGACCUCGUCAAGUGGGUUCCGCCGGAUAUUCUUCAAGGGUGAAUGCCAGGGUAGGCGCACCACUUCCUCCUGCCCCUCCAGACGCGUUUCGACCACCUCGGAGAUCUCCUUCCCCGACCCCUUCCUACCGCAAUCCAAGCGAGCCCACUCCUACCCGUUUCUCUGACACUAGGAUUGUCUCAGGACCUGAUCGUCCGGUCAAGUCGGCGGCUCGGGACCGUCCGACAAGUCCGGCAGACCCAACACUGCCACCACCGCCGGUGACGCCCCCGAGGCGAGCCAUCAACAUGCCAGCCAGUCUAGCUGACACCCCACCCCACCCAGCCUCUCGAUUCUCCCUGGAUUCAGAGAUGGAUCUAUCCGAAAGCUCAACUAGGCAAUCGUUGCGAGACAGCAGGCUGACCUCGCCUCCGCCCGCGCCUAUAGCUACCAAUCCGCCGCAAGUGCCCGCCAUGGAUAUCGGUCUGGCUAGUCCUAUCGGGGACAUUUCCGGAUCGAGUCAGCAGGAGUCGGGCACUCCGGAUGCUCCUCCAACCCAGGCCGCUCUAGCAAGCUUGACAGCGCUACAGAACUCGGAAGCCCUCGGGCGAAGAGCGUCACGUCGAUUCUCGCAAUAUCAGAUCAAGCAGAUGCUGCCCAAUCACAACAAGGGGCCUUCAAGCAGUUCCUUGAGGCAUCCUCGGCUGGAGUCGCUGAACGAGGGAGGAGGAUUCAGUCCCGGGAGACCAGCAAGACGGAUUGAGCGGGCGGCUCCGCCUCUUCCACCAAUCCCUGACACGUAUGCUCAGAAUGUUGCAAAUAUCAAUCACUCGCGAAUCCCUGAAACGAUCACGGAGAGCAGACGGAGCAGCGGAACAAUGCCCGGUCGUGAUGACGUUGCUGUGCCCGAAGUCUCCAUCACUGAGAGCUCCCCCGUUCAACCCCGUCGUGAACGGCCGUCAUCGAUGAUCAUCGUACCAGACGAAGAGAUCGCGGAACGUGAGCAGGAUCGAGGGCCGGCCGUCUCGAGCGCGCCGAUUCAGGAGGAAACGCCACCCGAUUCGGCCACUCCCUUCAAGGUGUUCCUGCAAUUUGGUCGCGAGACGAAACGAGUGACGCUCGACCGGGAGACAGUAACGUCGAUCGUCGACCUUCAGGGGCUCUUCAUGAGCAAGUUUGAUUAUGCUCCUGAGGGGAUGGAACUAUUUCCAGAUGUCUACAUCAAAGAUCCAAUAUCAGGCGUCGCCUACCACUUGGAAGAUCUCGAGGAUAUCAAGCGGGAUGCCUUAUUGAGCUUGAAUCUCGAUCCUCUCGAUCAAGUGAAGCAGCACUUUGACAAUACCAUCACGUCACUUUCGCACGAGAUCAAGGAUCUCAAGAACAGUUUCAUGCAUAGCCGAAGAGCUUCAGCGUUAAAGUUGGAAGUCCCGUUGGCUGCCACAGCGUCGCCCUCGUUACGUGCUUCCGAUCGUGGACGAGAUCCGUCUCCGAUCCCCCCUGUGCGCCUGACGGUGUCUACCGAGACCACGCCUGUGGCGGGGCCCAAGCCUUUGCCCGAGGUGGAUAGCCAGUCUGCUCUCAAGGCACCAGCCAGCCUUGGCCGAAUAGAUCUCCAGAAUCAGCAGCACGAACUGCAGGUUUUGCGAAGAGAUUUGGGUACAAUGCGACAGGUAUACCUGGACUUCGUUAAUCAGACGAAGGAGACCUUCCAAACUGUGCGGGAUCAGACAAUGGCCGUCCGAGAAGUGGCACUUACCAAAUUGAGCGGUUCGAGAUCGCUCGUCGACGCUGCCAAAGUUUCACUCGAGCAGCACUCUUCCGAGACCGUUCAAGCCGUCGAAGAUGUAUCGGACGUCGUCGACUCGAUCAAGGAGGACGUCCUCAAACGUCAAAUCUUGCCUCGAGCGACACAGAUGCAGAGCAUGCAAGACGAUCUGGCCAAAGCCAAGCAGCAAGUCGAACAGCUGCGCGGUCAGAUCACGUUGGCGGCCCCCUCGUGGAAGCAGACCUGGAAUCAGGAACUCAAGAACGUCGUUGAAGAGCAACACUUGCUACAGCAUCAGGAAAAGCUCACCGCCGAUCUCGAAGACGAUAUCAAGCAGGCGUGCGAGAUCUUCGACACGCUGCGGGCGUACGUAGAACAACGUCAGGCUGGGAUCCGAACCGGUGGUGGACCUAGGAAUUUACGAACCCGCGUCGUGCCCGAGUCGAAUGAUCAGCCCCGUGUAUCCGACCUUUUGCUCGAGAUCCGGACCAAGGAGGCCGACCCUAACCGACGAUUGGCCGCGAUCGAACAGCAACAACGUCAGCGGGAGAAGGAGAUGGCCGAGAAGAAUGACGAAUUUACCGACGAGCUCUCUGGCUUUGUUGCUGGGCGCAAGUUGAAAAAGACGGGAGGAACCGAAGAGGCCGAGAGGGUCCGCUUGAGGAAACAAGAGUUGAACUUCAAGAGGAUGUUUUCCAGCGAGAGUCCGCGAGAUGGAGCGAGUUCGGGAGCUUCUACGCCGACGGUGGCACAUGGCAAUGCGACGGUCGUCGAUACGGACAAGGGAGAGAAGGAGGAAGUGAAGCCUGCCGUAGGCAAAGCAGACGCCGGGGAAGCCGACAUAGAGGCGAAGGAGGACUAGUGAUCCAAGACUUCUUG